AUGAAGAUCCCAGGAGCGUUGGUGGCUUUGUUGCUCCUGGGGGAAGCGGUGUCUCAAAGCAAACGUAAUUCCAAAGCUCACGUGAAGACUCCUGCCCAGAAUCGAAAGGGCCCUAACCCAAGUGGGGAACGGGAGCACACUGCUGCUGAGGAAGAUGUCUUUGUGGGAGUUCUUCCUCCUAUGGAAGAUGCCUUGGCAUCACAGCUCAAAAGUGCCUCACUCACUCCUUGGCAUGCUCAGAAGGCACCUGAGGACAUGAAACUUUUCUUUCUGAAGAACCCCCUGGUCACCUGCAAUGAUGGGACAACAGCUGGGUAUUACUUAAGGGAGCACAAAGGGAGCAAGAGAUGGAUCAUAUUCUUAGAAGGUGGCUGGUGCUGUUAUAAUAAACAAACAUGUGAUACCAGAUAUAAAAAUAUCCGUCGCUUAAUGAGCUCAUCUGAGUGGCCUCAAACAAAGAAAGGGACAGGCAUUUUGUCUUCCCAGAUGGAGGAGAGCCCUCACUGGUGGAAUGCCAAUGCAGUAUAAGGACCUUCCCAGGCGCUGUUUGUGCCUUACUGCUCGAGUGAUAUCUGGAGUGGAACUUUGCCCAAGUCACGGCAAGCAGACUAUGCCUUCAUGGGAUCGCUAAUUAUCCAGGAGGUGAUUAAAGACCUGGUUCCUAAGGGAAUUAAGCAAGCUAAAGUGGUCCUGCUUGCUGGGGAAAGUGCUGGUGGGACUGGUGUGCUACUGAACCUGGAGAGGGUGGCAGCCCUUCUGGAGGAGCUGGAAGCUGAGGCAGUCCAGGUCAGAGGACUUGUUGACUCUGGCUGGUUCCUGGACAUGAAACAUCCAAGACAAUCUGACUGUUCAGAUGCUGCCUCUUGUGCCCCAGUGGGUGCAAUCAAGAAAGGACUCAGGAUGUGGAAUGGAAUCCUUACAGAAAAAUGGAGAGUUAACGAGUGGCAGUGCUUCCUUGGAGAUAGAUUGUAUUCAUCCUUGAAAUCUCCAGUUUUUGUGGUUCAGUGGCUGUUCGAUGAGGAACAGCUGAAAUUAGAAAAUAUCCAUCUUGGAAGUCAGUUCCUAACAGAAAAUCAAUGGAACUACCUACAAAACCUUGGGCGAGAACUUAGGAACUCAUUACGUGUUGUCCCAUCAGUAUUACACUACUUUGUAGCUGUGUUUGCCCCUGCAUGUCUGUCUCACAUGCUGAUUACAAAAAGCUACUGGCCGGAAUUUCAAGUGAAGGGCAUUUCUUUGGCCAGAGCCUUGCAGUGCUGGGAGAAGAGCCUUCAAGACAGCAAUAAAGCCCCAAAGAUCCCCAUGAGAAGUUGUCCCUUCCAUCUGAUUGAUAACUGUCCAUGGCCUCAUUGCAACCCCACCUGCUCAGUUCUGCAUGACCACGGCACAGGCCAAGAAGUGAACUUCAUGCAGACUUUAUUCAGGAUGAGGCUUGAUGUCCACAGGAAAGCUCAGGAGCUCAAAUCAGGCCCCAGUCAACUGGCAAUGCUCAGUAAUGGUGGCUAA